AGUAAAUAUGUCUCCCUGAAAUUAGAUGUUAAUCAUUGUCCGACUCACGGUCAAGCAGUAUCACCACCAUGACGAAACUUUCAGCCUUCCUUGUUACCCUCUACCUUCCAUUGUGGUUGUUUGUGCCCCCCUUAAUUUUGGCAUGGCUCCCUUUCUACGUUUAUCGGUGCCUUGUCAAACUUAUGGCAUUACUGGCAAGACCAGAUCUGAUCAAGAUGGUGACACCUGGAGACGCAAUAUUUUCUUAUAAUCGAAUCCACACGUGUCCCGUAAGUACGGUGGUAGGACAUCUGGAAUUGGAGGGGGAAGUAGAUCCUGACCACAUCCAGGAGACCUUAAGGACCCAGAUACUCACAGCUCGUGACGAAAAUGGCGCCUUGCUGUAUCCGGAAAUGGAGUGGACGAUCACGUAUUUUUGGGGAUUUUCAUUUUGGGCUAAGGCCGCCACAGUUGAGAAUCCCGUGAGGACCAUUAAAGAAGCAAUGACGCAUGAAGAUCUAGUCAAUUUCAAAGCAAAGUUAACACACCAACCUUUCAAAGUAAACGGGCCCCUUUGGGAACUUUUACUCGUUCGUAAGAAAAACAAUUCGGACGAACCACCCACAACGGUUGCACUGCUCCGAUUCCAACACACUCUAAUAGAUGGCGUUGGCAGCUUUCAUCUCCUCAAGAAGAUGGUACAACCUCAAGCUGAACAAUGCACUAAGGACAUAACCAUUUUAUCCAAGAAGCCCGGAAGUAUAUCGCCAAUUCGGUAUUUGAGAAUGCCAUACGACUUUAUGGAGACGUGCCGUGAAUCGUCUCGAAGUGGGUGUCUGGCCAAAGAGGGAAAGAAUUGGAUUCCUUUGAGUGACAACUUUUUACCCUCCGAAGCAGCAUCCCGUUACACUUUUCAUAUAAGUGAACCCAUCGCGUUCAGCAGGAUUCGACAGUUGGGGGCACAACAUGGCGUGACUGCAAGUGCAGUUAUGCAUUCAGCAAUUUUAGGGGCGGUUCGUACCUCAUUGUGUCCGAAAGGGACUUCAUUUAUUACGGUGGAGACUCCUUUGCUCCCACCUUGGAAGAGGGAUCGCCCCAUGGGGAAUAACAUAACGCAUGGCAGGUACUUGGCCCCCAUUGGGGAACUGGAUGUUGUAAAACGGCUAAUUCGUACCCACGAGGGACUCAGGACCAUGAAGGAAUCAACAUACUCCGUAACCACAGCCCUAAUCUCGAAUGCCAUCGGGACCCUUCCGCGACCUGUUUUAAAUCAAAUACCCAUCAGCAGCAAUGAAUCUUAUCGAACCAUUUAUGUUGGGAAUGUUCCCGGUCCGCGGGAACAGACAAAUUUUUGUGGCUAUGUGGUCAAAGAAAUGUCCCUGAUUUACGGAUUUUGUGUCGCUUUCCCAGUGCUUGGAGUUGGGCUGCUUACAUACGGGGACGAUUUGAGGAUCGGUGUCUUUGGAAAUAAGAAUCUGCUUCCACGCCCUGGUCAAGCGGAAGAAAUAGCGUGUGGCUUUAUGCAGGAGCUGGAUGACUUACAAUUUGUGGAAUGAAGUCAAGCUCAUUACGCUAAUAUUAAGUGUCGCAAUUUCCUCGGAAAAUUUUCUGAUAGGUAAUUUGAAUUUUGGAAAAUAAUCUAAAUUUAUCAGGAAGCCUUUCCGAUUGUUUUUAGACUAUUAAUAUUGGUUGAAAGGUAGUGGUUGGAAAAUUUUUACAUAAUCGAUUAAUAAUAAAUAGUGAUAUAAGUAUGUACAUACCCAGAAUAAAAUUAAUUGCAUUCAUAUCUGAGCGAAAUGUUCAGGUCAGUUUGACUGCUUUAAGGCUACGGGACUUCUUGGAUUACUUUAAUAAAGGCGAAUGUGUAUAUCAAUACGUAAAUUCAUGCACGAAGGAUAUGUAACGUCUUAGAUAAUUCAAUAAUCUACUAAUUUAAUGUAAAAAAUUUUAUAUUCAAAUAAUAAAAAUUUUAAAUUCUCUAA